AGAGUACCCACGUUCCACGGUGCCUCUUUUAAAAGACUCAUCCUGUACAUGCUAUGCUGAGUUCUGCUCACAGAUAAAUGCAGCUGCUGAAGUUUCCCUGACUCCUCCUGCUUCCCAGUAUCAGGGCAGACUCAUUGCAAGGAUUCAUCACACAUUUUUCAGCAUCAUCAAUGGCUUAUUUCAAAUAUAAGGGGAUCCUUUUUGCUCAUCCGAUCUACUCAGAGGAAACACUCAGCUAUGUGGACAAUGAAUUCCAACUGUUUGAUGACGAUAUAGUGAACGUCGCUUACCCCAAGUCAGGUACCCACUGGAUGUCAGAAGUGUUGGGUUUAAUCAGGAGUCAUGGGGACCCCUCAUGGGUUCAGAAUGUACCAAUUUGGGAAAGGACACCCUGGAUCGAUAUUCCUGAAGGGCUGAAGAUUGCCUUGAAAUAUCCUCCCCCCAGGCUCCUGUCUACUCACCUGCCAUUCCAGCUUUUCCCCAAGUCCUUCCUCCACUCCAAGGCCAAGGUAGUCUACACAAUGCGUAACCCCCGAGAUGCGAUGGUUUCAGGCUACCACUUCUUCGGAGCCUUUAAAGAUUUGAAGGAUUAUGGAACAAUGGACGUGUUCAUGGAGUGGUUCCUGAGUGGGGAAGUGCUUUUUGGUUCCUGGUUUGACCAUGUGAAAGGCUGGAUGGAGAUGAAGGAUAGAGCCAACAUCUUCUUCAUCACUUAUGAAGAACUGCAGCAGGACCUUCGAGGCAGUGUGCAGAGGAUCUGUCGUUUUCUUGGCAAGGAGCUGAACAGCCAACAACUUGAGGCUGUGGUGGAAAACGCCUCCUUUCACAAGAUGAAGGACAAUAAGAUGUCCAACUUUUCCUUGACACCAGAUGACCUUUUUGACCACACGAAGGGAAAGCUCAUGAGGAAAGGGAUUUCUGGGGACUGGAAGAAUCACCUGACAGUGGCACAGAGCGAACACUUUGACCGUGCUUAUCGGGAGAACAUGCGUGGUGUGAAUAUGACCUUCCCUUGGGACUGAAGAAUCCCAGAUAGUUGCUCCUCUGUU